UUGAUUUUUGACAUCGUUGUUGCGCAUGACGUCACAAUAAUUAACCUUUGACACGCGAUUGUCUUAGUUUCCAUUGCUUGGAAUCGAUAGAAACAAUUAACGCAUCUUGUAAAGAAGGGAUAAUCGACAGAAGGCGAUGAAUAAUGAAAGACAUAAUGUAAAUACAAGAAAGUAAACGUGAUUCACUGUCUACGGGUGCCGUGAAUAUUCUCACAAAAUGCUAUAUUCGUCGGAACAUCGAGCGGUAUGUCAAAAUUAGAAGAUAUGGAAAAUUAAAGAGUUCCGAUUCGGAAGUACUUUCGACAAAGCAGAACGCGGAAUGGAAAAAACAACUCAAAGGAAAUUUAUUCGUAUGGCGGAUAUUUUGACGUCCAAGGGCUACAGAAUUGGACAGGAGAUCGGGGAGGGUACUUAUUCAAAAGUGCGCACAGUCGAAAAGACAUCUGACGGAAACACUUAUGCUGUAAAAAUUGUGGACCGGGCCAAAGUUAGGAAAGAUUAUUUGAAGAAAUUUAUGCCGCGGGAGUUGGAAAUCAUUCCUUUGCUUAAACAUGAAAAUGUCAUCAAUACUUUUGAGAUUAUACAAACGAGGGAUUUCGUCUUCCAAGUGAUGGAGUAUGCGGAAAAAGGUGACGUUUUGCAGCUAAUUCACAGACAGGGGUUUCUUCCGGAAGAAAAAUGCAAAAACAUUUUCAGGGACAUUUCAAAGGGUAUAAAAUAUAUGCAUGACUUAAACAUUGCCCAUCGCGACCUUAAAUGCGAAAAUAUUCUUAUCUUUCACGACAACCGAGCAGCUGUUAGCGAUUUUGGUUUUUCCCGUGCAUUUGACAGCACUUCAAACGUUAUCACGUGUCAGACAUUUUGUGGAAGUUCGGCGUACGCGUCACCGGAACUGCUCCGUGGAAUUCCCUACGACCCCAAACUUAAUGACGCCUGGAGCCUUGGAAUUAUCCUCUUCACCAUGUUAAAUGGUUCCAUGCCUUUUCCUGACGGAAAUGUCACAAGAAUGGUGCAGAAACAGCUCUCUCGUGACUACCAGUUCUCCGAAAGAUUGCAAGACAAAGUGUCUGCCGGUCCCAGGCAAACUGUGUUCAGGACUUUAGAUCCAAACAUUAAUUCCAGACCUACAUGCGCUGACAUUCUAGAGAUGGACUGGUUGAAAACAUAAAGUUGACCUCUGUGUUUCUUAUUUGUCCCUUCAAAUGAUGACCGUAUGCAUUAAUCUGUUACCAUAUCACUAGCGCAUCUAGGUGUGUG